AUGCAACACCUACGCAGUGGCAAUGACACGGCAGUGAAAGGACAGAAGAAACCUGUAAAAAUGAAAAACUCCUUUAGGAUCUGGUUCAUCCUUCUUGGGUUUGUCUGUGUCUGCGGUGUCGACAGCGCCAAUGUCACCAUUCAGUCGAAUCCACCAAUGAGUGGAGGGUUCGUUCAGACCAAACCGGAGGACACAGUAUCCCUGACCUGCACAGCCAUUGACUCUGCUGUGCCAGAAGAACUGCAGUGGUUCCGAAACAACCAAGAAGUGAGCCUCAAAGAUGGAAACCGUGUAAACACGAGCCACGUGUGCGUGCAGCCAGUAAGCAGAGAUGAUAACACAGUCAUCUUCACCUGUCAGCUAAGGUCUAAUGCUAAUGCGAAAGCCUCCAUCCAGCUAGAGGUUCAAUAUCCCCCAACUCUAGGUGUCCAUGAGGAAAAGUGGGUUGAGGAGGGAAGUAACACCGUUCUGUCCUGUGAUGUUCGUGCUUAUCCUCCAGUAAGUGUAGUCUGGAAGAAGGACGAUAAGCUUCUGGAUCUUUCUUCGAGCAGCUACAAGACCAGCAACAAUGGAAUGACAGCUACACUUUCCAUUUCAAAAGUUAAACAAGACAUGCACCAGGGCUUGUACACCUGUGAGGUCGAAUCAAGCAUCUUUGGAAUCACUGGAAAUAAUUUCACCAUCACUGUUACGGACAAAGUGACGAAGUUCCCUCUUGGGCCUGCAAUCGCUGGUGUGGUGGUCGUCCUCGCAACAAUCCUGCUGGCUACCAUUUCCCGAUGGGACAGGAUUAUGAAGUGCUUUAAAAAAGACUGA